UCCGUCUUUUUGCACGAUUUUAAAUCCCAGGGCCACCUGUUUGAAGAAACAGUUGCUUAUUUCGAAGCAUUUCAACAAAUCUUUGGAAAAGAAGUGGAAGGACAUGACCAAAUGUUUGUCAUCGGUGAAAAGCGCCAUGAUCAAGUGGGACUCGUCUCCUUGCACCAUCAGCUACUUGGACCAGAGACUCAAGGACAAGGAAGCGGACUUGGGCAGACUGCAGAGGCAACGCUGCCGGCUCGAGGAAAUGAAGAGCUCGGUGGCCACCAACAGCUUGCCAACCGACUUGUCCUCGAUGAGCGACGCGGUCAGCGUGUCCGAAUUCGAGACAGACUCGACGCCCCUGUGCAGAGCGAUUCAGGAAAACAUCGCACUGACCAUGGAGAAGCAGCACCUGGAACAGCAGUUCAAGAGCUUGGGAGCCCGGAAAUUAGCAAAUAUUGAGCAUUUGGGAAGAGCCAAAGAGGAAUUUAACUCCUUGAAGGAGAAACUAAAGUUCAGCGAGGAAACACAAGAUCAGUUGGAACAUUGUGAAAAGGCUUUGGAGCAGAUGGACAAAGAGACAGACAUGCUAGACGCUCACUGCUGCUCGCUGCAGCAGCAGGUGGACGUGGAAAAUGAAAAGAUCCACACGGCGAAGAACGAAAUUAUACAGCUGCUGGCGCAGAGGGCCGUUGAGAAAGAGAUUUUUUCUGUCGAGACCCGAGAAUUGGAAAAGAUCAUCGCCGCCAACAAAUUGGAACUCAAUCAAUUGCAGGACAGCAUUUCACUCGCUACCAAGGAGAGAAACGCGUUGAAGGACCAGAACACGACCCUCGUGAUGGAAUAUGAGGAAAUUUGCUCGAGUGACGAGAUCAAAGAGUUACUGGAGAAGAAGACAAAGGAAAGUGAGGAAAUAAACCAGCUGCAGACGCGAAUCAAGCAGCAAAAGAGCGCUCAGCUUAAGAUGGCCACAAACAUCGAUGAGCUGCAGGGAAAAAUCGCAGUUCUGGCCAAGGACGUUGCGACAGUCACUGAGCAGGGAGACAAAUUACUGGAUAGCAAUCGCAGCCAAAUGAGCAGCCUGCAGGCCGAGAUCAGCUCGCUGGAGAGCGACCUUCAGGUCCUCACGGGGGCUACCCUCAAAAUGGAGAGCACCGCAAAGGAGACUCAAGGAAACGUUGCCGAGCUCGAGGAGGCCCUGGCUAAAAGGAGAAAGAUGCAAGCCGAUCUGCAGCUUCGGUUGGACGUCAUCAGCAAGGAAAAUGAGCUGGCCGUGAAUUUGGUCAAAGCUGCCGAGCAGCAGUUGCAAGCGGAGGAGGAGGCGCGAAAAAAGCAGGGUCUGCUGACCAGGCUGUUGGGGCGGUGGUCCUAGUUUGGUUUUUUGUGUGAGUUUAAAAUGAAAAAUGCGAAUGGUCAUUCCAGAGUUGGAAAGCGGUUGUCACUAAUUCAAUAAAUUCA